AUGUCCGCAUCCGCUUCUGGUUCGGACGCCAGAGCGAACGGCUCAGCGACUUCGCGAGAACACAAGCAGGGCAACCAAGAACGAAAAUAUACCCCCCAACAAAAAGCUGAAGUGAUUCGGAUACGAAGAUGUAGCCCAACGGCGUUUUACGAGAUUCUGGCCGUUGAGAAGACAGCAAGUGAUGGCGAGAUCAAAAAGGCCUAUAGAAAAUUGAGUCUCUUGACCCAUCCCGAUAAGAAUGGGUACGAAGGAGCCGACGAGGCAUUCAAAAUGGUCUCCCGAGCGUUCCAAAUAUUAUCCGAUGCGGACAAGAAGUCAAGAUAUGAUAAAUUUGGCGGCGAUCCAGAUAACCGCUUUUCAAGCAGCGGCAGCGCCGCUGCGGGCGGGCCGAGUCCUUUCAGUGGAUUUGCCAGGUCUCCUGGACGUGGCCCGAUGUACGAAGAUGAGAUCUCGCCGGAGGAAUUGUUCAACCGAUUCUUUGGUGGAGGUAUGGGGCCUGGCUUCAACUUUGGAGGCGGAGGAUUUGGUGGCCCUCAGUUUGUGUUCAAUAUGGGUGGAGGUCCAGGUUUUACUGUUCACCGCAUGGGUGGCACGACCCCGAGACGAAGACCGAGGGAUGCGAGCGCAGAAACUGCCGGUAGCGGUCUGUCUGCGUUGACUCAGCUUCUGCCACUGUUGUUGCUUUUUAUUCUCCCGUUACUUUCCUCUCUAUUUUCCUCAACGCCAAACCCUGGCCCCCAAGUCCGCUAUGACUCCCCUGUCCCGCCGCACACCAUGCAUCGAGUCACGCCGAGAUACAAGGUCGACUAUUUUGUCAAUCCUGCGGAGGUGCAGGGCUUUACGUCCAGGCAGCUCAGCUCUUUGGAUCAAAGGGCGGAAGUCGAGUAUGUUUCCAGCUUGAAGUACCAGUGUGAAAAUGAAGUGCACCGGAAACGACAGGAGAUUAACGAUGCCACUGGUUUCUUUUUCACGGAUGAAGAUCGGUUGAGGAGGGCAAGAAAUAUGCCUAUGCCUGGGUGCCAACGACUGGAAGAGCUAAAAAUAAGUAUACAGCACUGA